AUGCCAUUGCGACAAGUCUUCCCCGACCUCUCUGACAAGAGUGUUAAAGCCUCUGAUUUCAAAAUCGACAUCGUCGCUGUGCAUGGUCUUAAUCCCCGCAGCAAAAAUGAGGCUGACCACGCAUGGGACACGUGGCGAACACCAUCAGGCUCUGAAGGGCAUCUCUGGCUCCGCGAAGAUCUCCCUGCCAUUGUCCCUGGGGCCCGAAUCUUCUUGUACCAGUAUGAUGCAGCCGCCGCUUAUGGAACCGACAAGGGCAACUUCCACGACAAGGCGAGCAGCCUUCUCGAGGCCGUUCAUGUAAAGCGGAAUGGCGCAGAGCAGAGACCUAUCCUGUUCUUCGGCCACAGCAUGGGCGGUAUUUUGAUCAAGCAGGCCUUGAUCAAUGCACAUGUCAACCCCGUCUACUCAUCCAUCAAAGAUGCGACCAGCGGUCUUGCCUUUUUUGCAACACCGCAGAGUGGCGGCGACCAGACACUGGUAAAGCUGGGCAAGAUUGCGGUCGCAAUUGCGACCACCGUUGGGUUCUCAACCAAAUCAGAUGUCUUGAACACACUAAAGAAGGGCAGUGUCUUUUCAGACAUCAUGGCCGAGCAGUGGCGGCAUCAGCUGGAGACCUACGACAUCGUGUCGUUCUGGGGAGACCAUGAUACCGCCGUCCCGAGGGAGAGUGCCAGGCUAGGCCUAGCCGGUAGCCGCGAGCACAUAGUAAAGCUGAACGCAGACCAUGGAGGUGUCUGCAAGUUCAGUGAUUCCAUCGAAGAUCAAGACAACCUGGAGCUUGUCCUACCCAACAUCCAGAAGUUAUAUGAGAAGGCAAUUGCGAAAUGUGAGUCUGUUAGCACCCGAGAAAAUGCAGCGGCAGAGCAGGAUGCUGCAGACAUAGAUUUCCAGGCCCGACUCGCUGCAUUGAAAACUCCAAAUUAA